CGGUAGAGACAAAGAAAGGGAGAGAAACACAGAGUUUUGACCCUUUUCCGAACAGUAAACCUCGUCGGAAUCGAUACAAGAAAAUUCCGAUCCGAACCGAAAAAGUUUUCAAAUACUAUGUAAACAAAAAGAUAAUCUCUUUUCAUCGGUUGUUGUGUCAAAGUUGAAUCGAGUUUUAUCUUUAAUGGAGAUCUGCAGCGUUCUUUCGUUGUCUGCGUUCUUAAUCUCUUCUAUCUCCUACUCUGGUCCCCUCUCUCGAUUUCACCUUAACCUUAUUCAUUAAAUCUUCUGUCGUUUGUUUCUCUCAUUUGGUCACUGUCAUUUUUUGGGUUUUUCGAAAAAUGAGCUUUACAAAGUCUCAAGUUUGGCAGCCGUGUAAAAAGAAGAGGUCUUGAUUUUCAAAGCUAGAGAAAAAGAGGAACAAAAUUUAUCUAUCUAUCAGAUCGAACUAUGUCUUCUCGCGGCGGCGGUGGCAGCGGAAGUACGGCGGCGAGUAGGAUUCGGGUGGGGAGAUAUGAGCUUGGAAGAACAAUCGGAGAAGGUAAUUUCGCCAAGGUGAAAUUCGCUAGGAAUUUUGAAACAGGGGUUAAUGUUGCUAUCAAGAUUCUAGACAAAGAAAAAGUUCUUAAGAAUAAGAUGAUUGGACAGAUUAAACGUGAGAUCUCAACUAUGAAACUUAUUAGACACCCCAAUGUUAUUCGAUUGUACGAGGUUAUGGCUAGCAAGGCAAAGAUAUACAUUGUAAUGGAAUUUGUGAAUGGGGGAGAACUCUUUGAUAAGAUUGGGAGUAAAGGUAAAUUGAAAGAAGAUGAAGCAAGGAAAUACUUUCAGCAGCUAAUAAACGCGGUUGAUUAUUGUCACAGUCGAGGCGUGUUUCAUAGAGACCUAAAGCCUGAGAAUCUGCUUCUGGAUUCAACUGGUGUUCUUAAAGUGUCUGAUUUUGGACUUAGUGCUUUAGCUCAACAAGUUCGGGAAGAUGGUUUAUUGCAUACAACAUGUGGAACUCCAAAUUAUGUUGCUCCAGAGGUUAUACUAAAUAAAGGUUACGAUGGAGCUAAGGCCGAUUUGUGGUCUUGUGGCGUGAUUCUUUUUGUUCUUAUGGCCGGUUAUCUUCCUUUUGAAGAACCAAACCUUGUUGAUUUAUACAAGAAGAUAACGAAAGCUGACUUCAAUAACCCUCCGUGGUUCUCGACAAGUGCAAAGAAACUGAUUAACCGAAUCCUCGAUCCUAAUCCUGAGAAAAGAAUUACGAUAGCUGAAUUGAUCGAAAAUGAAUGGUUUAAGAAGGGAUACAAACAACCCACGUUUGAGCAAGCCGAUGUUAACAUUGAUGAUAUCGACGCCAUAUUUGAUGAAUCAGGGAAUUUGGAAAAUCUUGUCGUUGAAAGAAGGCAAGAACAAACUGCAACGCCAGUUGCUAUGAAUGCUUUCGAGCUCAUCUCCACUUCUCAGGGUCUAAACCUCAGUUCCCUCUUUGAAAAGCAAAUGGGUUUGGUUAAGAGGAGGACAAGGUUUACAUCAAAGUGCCCUGCAAACGAAAUCAUCGCGAAAAUUGAGCAGACUGCUAGCCCUCUCGGUUUUGAUGUGACGAAGAACAAUUACAAGUUGAAGCUUCAAGGUGAGAAGAAAGGGCGAAAAGGUCAAUUAUCUGUCUCAACCGAGAUUUUUGAAGUGGCCCCAUCGGUCCACAUGGUCGAGCUACGAAAGGCUGGAGGGGACACUCUCGAGUUUCAUAAGUUUUAUAAGGAACUUUCUACUGGAUUGAAAGACAUUGUAUGGAGAUCUGAAGAUGAUCCUAAGGAGAAAGCUUAAGACUUAUGACAUGAAUUUGCUGUUUUUAUGUUAUGAAUUGAAUUUGACUAUUUUGAGAAAUGGGGAUUGUGGGGAUGGUUUGGAUGAUUUUAAAUGAAUCAACAUGCAUAUGUUAUUGUUGUUUUUUAA